AUGUCCCUAUCAUGGCCGCCCCCAAACAAUCAGAAACCACCAGACGAUGAACCUCUCCUGCAUUCUCUACACAGAGAUACCUUGAAUGGCCUGCUCCGCGCCCCCUCCAGACCACACACGCCGAGUUCGUUCAAAUUGCGCAGUCUGGGGAGUGGUUCCCAGUCCGGCCAAGCUGCGGAGCCAGAGCCCAGCGUCGAGGAAGACCCCCAGGUUCUCCGGUUUCGCGAAUUGUUCCAAGAUACCGAGGGCAAACUCGCAACCCUGUUCAAUGAUGUCGGACAAGUUGUGACUCCUCAAAGGCGCACUCUCGCUGUCGCCCCCUCCCAACAAUCCGCCCCCGAUGCCGCUGCGACGUCCGCUCCGCCCCCUGCUCCCAUAUCCAAAAAGCGCAAGUUGGAAGAAGACGACUACGACGACUACGACGACGAUGAUGACGACGAGCCAGCGGACGCCGCCGCGGCGAACGCGUCUCCCGUCAAGGGAAGCCCAAACAAGGUGCAUAUUGUCGCUGACGCGACCUCGUCGCCGACUCCGAGACCCGCCCCACCCCCGAGUCUUCCCUCCGACUCGGCAAAGACUACGAGCAAGGCGGGACCGAACAAACAGAAGGAGGAUGCCGAAGAUGCCCGUAAGAAGCUGGAAGAGGCCAAGCGCAAGGAAAUUGAGACCGUCAAAACCCUGUCACGGACAAUGUUCUUCACGCUGGAAAAUGACAGAGACGCCAUGUUGGAUCAGCAACGCCUUGAUGAGGCAGAGCGCCGGGCCGAAGCUGAAGCUGAAGGUCAUGCGAACCGACAGAAUGCUACAAUGCAGCAAGGCAGUUUGAGCAAGGCCAAUCUCGGCGCGUCCAGUUUGACGCUGAAGAACCUUAUUGCGCGCUUGGAUGAACAUCGCAACCUAGUCCAUGCAACUGAGUCGGAGCUUCGUGCUCUGAUGAGCGAGGUGCGCAAGAACCGAAGCAAAUGGGCGAGUGAGGAGAAGGUUGGCCAGGAAGAACUGUACGAGGCCGCGGAGAAAGUCUUGACCGAGUUGAAGGCCCACACAGAGCACUCGACUCCCUUCCUCAACCCCGUCAAGAAGAAGGAUGCUCCCGACUACUAUCUCGUCAUCAAGCAUCCCAUGGAUCUCGGUACCAUGACCAAGAAACUCAAGCAAUUUGCCUACAAGUCCAAGAAGGAAUUUGUGGAUGAUUUGAAUCAGAUUUGGAAGAACUGCCUCAAGUUCAACAGCAACCCUGACCAUCUGUUCCGAAAACACGCCCUGUUCAUGCAGAAGGAGACAGACAAGCUUGUGCCUCUAAUCCCGGAUAUCGUCAUCAGAGAUCGUGCCGAGGUCGAAGCUGAAGAAAGACGGCAACAAGGUGAACUCGACGACGGCGCUGAAGAGAGCGAUGACGAACCCAUCAUGUCAUCCCGAGGCCGUAAGGCUCCCAAGAAAAGCGCGAAGAAAGGAGGAGCAGCAGCCCGAAAAGCACCGCCUGAAACCACCCCUAUUCCGGAGACCAAGCCUGUGUUGCAAUCACUGAGCUCCGUCCAGAAUGGCAUUCGAGCAGAAUCUGAGGUGGACGGGAGUCAAGGUCACUCGACGCCGCCGCCGGGAGUUCUGACCCCCAUUGGUGCUCCUGGCCCCGGCAGCGUUGCUGGGGGCGGAAGUGAAGCCAUGGAUCUGGAUCUCCCCGCACUGCCUUCCCAAGCGCCAAUACCUGAAUAUGAAGACGAGGACUAUAAGCUCUGGAAACAGAAGACGAAAAAGGAUCGCGCAAUGCUCGCAGCCGCGCGACACAAGCUCUUCCGUGGAGAUAAAUUGAACGCCGACGAGACGGCGUUGCUGCGCAGUAAAGCCGGGAUGCGCCGGUGGCAACGUAUGCAACAAGAAGCCGCAGGCAAAGAUGUUGCAGAGCUCGGGGCAGAGACAUCUGAACGGGACAACAGGGUCGAAAUCCAUGGUCAAACUCUCGCUGAAGGAAUGGAAGUCGAGGAGGAGAAUAUGUUACCUGACUACUAUGAUGCGCUCGCUGCCAUCCCCGACAUCGACCCCCGACUGAAAUGGGAACAAGAUUCUGAAGGGCAUGUCAUUGAACAUUCUGAGGAGUUCCUCCGAUUGUACCCUCCCGGUCAGUUUGUCGCCCCGCGUGGCAAGCUCUCCAAAACGAUCGAGUCCAACAUGCGACAAAUGCAAGACACACGGAAGGUGGUUUCGAAGAUCAGCGUCGUCAAGCAGAUGCAACUUCAGUCGCAGACCUAUCAAAACCAGUUCCAGAAGUACCAACCAGACCCCUUCGUCGAGGCAGACAUUCCAAACCACGUCAUGUCAGAUGACGGGCCCGUCAUGGCUCCGUGGGUCUGCAGGGCGGCUUUCCAAAGGUCGAUAGGGGAAAUCUUCUUCCACGCAGGGUUUGAGGAGUUUCAACCUUUGGCGAUAGAAGCGGUGACGGAUCUAGCAGCUGAUUUCUUCCAGCGGCUAUGCUCGACAUUGGUGAACUACCGAGAAGACUACAAGAUUGCUGUGCCGUCCGCGGUUCCCGUUGCGCAGGGUGAGCAAUCGGAAGUGCGGUACAAGUCUCCGUAUACCAUGGAAGAGACAAUUUUGCAUGCUCUUCACACGGGUGGUAUGUCACUGGGUGACCUAGAUGUGUACGCACGAGAAGAUAUCGAUCGCACCGCCAGUAAACUCACCAUGAUGCAUGAGCGGAUGAAGGGACAUCUCGCCGAUCUCCUUCGACCAGCUUUGACCGACGACACUGCGCAUGGACAAGGAUCGUUUGCCGACGGUGGAGAGCAGUACGUGGGUGGAGACUUCGCCGGCGACCUUGACGAAGAUUUCUUUGGCUUCCGUGAACUAGGCCUCGAUAAGGAGUUUGGAAUGGCCAGUCUGACCGUGCCGUUUCACAUCCUGCAAGACCGCCUCGGCCUCAGCAAUCAACAAGAUAACUCGGCGGAUUCGACGGAGAAGAUGUUCAUCGAACCAACCCGCUGGCCCAAGAUCAGCAUGGAAAAUGUGGAAGAUCAGAUUGGUCUGAUCAGGGAUUGGUUCCGGAAGCGCCUGCGUGAUAACGGCGAGCGUCCCCUCACGGAAGACCUGGAACUGCCACCGAAGCAAAGGCCCGGCCACGGAAGGGCGAGAAUUCCUGCGUCUGGAAAGAUCGGGGAGGGAACACUCAAGAGUAACGCCAGUCCCCAGAAAAAGGCCGCCGCCAACAAGAAUGCCGCGAACGCUGCCAAGGCUGCUGCGGCCGCGGUGGGAAGCACAACGCCCGGGGACAAAGGCAAGAGGAAGUCGAUUGUUGCCAAUGGGCUGGGCGACGACAGUCCGAUGGUCAAUGGCGUGGGCAAUGCUACUCCGUCAACGCCAGGUCCUGGUGGGGACGGAAGUCCUGAGAAGAAACAGAAACCAAUGCUGAAAGCAAAGCCUUCAACGACUGAGGUCCAAACGAUUUCGGAUAAUGACAAGACUCAAGAUGACACCGGCCUGCCUCCUUCUGUGGACGCCUUGGACAUGAUGGACAGCGUCAAUGGAGAGAUGCCACAAGUGAAUGGUGUUGAAAAAGUGAACGGGGUGGUUGGAGACGGAGACGCAAGCAUGAUGAGCCCUGAAAGCUUAUGA